CGCUCGAGACGAGAGCCAGCUCUCCCAGCACACGAGCACAUGGCGUCCACCACCCUCCUCGCUGUCUUGCUGCUCGUGGCUGCGUCCGCAGCGCCGGCGCGGUCUUGCUCACCUCGCGACCUGCAGGCGCUGUUGAGCGUGAAGCAGGCGCUAGGGAACCCGUCAACGCUGUCGACGUGGACCCCAGCGUCGCCCGACUGCUGCUCGUGGGACCACCUCCGGUGUAACGACGCCGGACGCGUGAACAACGUGUUCAUCGACGGCGCGGACGACGUGCGCGGGCAAAUCCCGUCGGCGGUGGGCGGGCUGACGGAGCUCAUGUCGCUGACCCUGUUCCGGCUGGCGGGGCUGACGGGCCCCAUCCCGGCCUGCCUGGCCGCGCUGUCCAACCUGCAGUUCCUGACCGUCUCCCACACCAACGUGUCCGGCGCCAUCCCGGAGUCCCUGGCGCGGCUGCGCGGCCUCGACUCGGUGGACCUCUCCAGCAACCAGCUGACGGGCGGCAUCCCGGCGUCGUUCGCCGACCUGCCCAGCCUCCGGUCGCUGGACCUCGGGCACAACCAGCUGACGGGCAGCAUCCCGGCGGGGCUGGUGCAGGGGCAGUUCCGGUCGCUGGUCCUGUCGUACAACCAGCUGACGGGCCCGAUCCCGCGCGACGACGCGCGCGACGAGAUCAACACCGUGGACCUCUCCCACAACAAGCUGACGGGCGACCCCUCCCACCUGUUCGCCGCCGGCCGGCCCAUCGGCAAGGUGGACCUGUCGUGGAACUACCUCGACUUCGACCUGAGCCAGCUGGUGUUCCCGCCGGAGAUGACGUACCUGGACCUGUCCCACAACCUCAUCCGGGGCACCGUGCCGCUGUCGCUGGAGCGGCUGUCCACGCUGCAGAAGCUGGACCUGAGCUACAACCGCCUGUGCGGCCCGCUCCCCAAGGGACACGGCGUCAUCAAGCACGGGUGCAAGCCGUACGCGCACAACCAGUGCCGCAAAGGGACCCCGCUCGCGGGCUGCCAGGACCUGGAGUGGAGUGAGUGAGCCGGCCGGUAUGGUUUUCUAUACUCUGCUCUGCUCUCCCUCGCCGGCGUGCUUCCCGAUCGUGGUGUGUGUAAGGAACUAAGGACGACGGUGCCUGGUUUAGGCGUUUAGCUAUAGACGAAAGCACGUACGGCCGCGUGCCUGGUCUAGCUACGCGGCCGGUUGAUCUUGAGCAGUUAAGCGUGUACGAAACGACAGCGCUGUGUACGUGUACUGUCUGCUGAAGUGUGAGAUGUACUGUCUGUGUGUAUUUGGUAUGGAUCCGAUCGGCCUGAUGUAUGAAAAGGAUGUUUACGUACUAUAUAAAGAUGGAAAAUCGUAUUUGCCU